CCACCAAAUGAUUAAUGUAAACUUCUCCUAUAAAUACCACUCUUCAAAACCCUCUAUUUUCUUCAUGUUACGUGUUCAGUUACACUUUCUUUUUUCCGGCAGAUAAAGUUUCUGCUGUUUCUCAUCUCUCUCUCUCUUUCUUCUUUUUUUUUUUUUUUUAUGAUGCCUAGCGUCAAUCCCGGCCAAUCCGACAAGGAUUCGGAGCCGUUUGUCGAGAUCGAUCCGACCGGUCGUUAUGGUCGUUACAGUGAAUUUCUAGGUUCCGGGGCAGUUAAAAAGGUUUACAGAGCAUUUGAUCAAGAAGAAGGCAUUGAAGUUGCAUGGAACCAAGUCAAGCUACGAAAUUUCUCCGACGAUCCAUCGAUGAUCGACAGGCUUUAUUCGGAGGUUCGAUUAUUAAGAUCAUUAACCAACAAAAACAUCAUUUCAUUGUACCAUGUUUGGCGCGACGAGGAACACAACACAUUGAAUUUCAUAACUGAAGUGUGUACUUCUGGGAAUUUGAGAGAGUACAGGAAAAAACACAGGCAAGUUUCAAUGAAGGCAUUGAAGAAAUGGUCAAAGCAGAUUUUGAAAGGCUUAGAUUAUUUGCAUACACAUGAGCCUUGUAUUAUUCACAGAGAUCUUAAUUGCAGCAAUGUUUUUGUUAAUGGAAACACCGGUCAGGUUAAGAUUGGUGACUUGGGAUUGGCAGCGAUCGUGGGGAAGAGUCAUGCAGCACAUUCAAUUCUUGGAACACCGGAAUUCAUGGCACCGGAGUUAUACGACGAAGAUUACACAGAACUUGUUGACAUAUACUCAUUUGGGAUGUGUGUGCUUGAGAUGGUGACCCUGGAAAUUCCAUAUAGUGAAUGUGACAAUGUGGCCAGAAUUUACAAGAAAGUGUCAAGCGGGAUGAGGCCGCAGGCCAUGAGCAAGGUUAGAGAUCUGGAUGUGAAAGCAUUCAUUGAAAGAUGCCUUGCUCAGCCUAGGGCAAGACCUUCAGCGGCAGAGCUGCUUAAGGAUCCAUUUUUCGAUGAACUUGAUGAUGACGAAAAUGAUGAUCAUGGCGUACCUUCAUGACCAAGGAUUAUCAGUGUAGUGUAUCGACUCAAUUAGGCAUAGAUCUUCUGUGUUGUUAAUAUUUUUUAAUCCUAGUGUUGCAUCCAAAUUAGUGGUUGUCCUCUUAAAAUUUCUCUUUCAAGUAGGAUAAUUUAGAAGUUCGGCUCGCACUGUACUAGAAGAUGCAUUUUAUUAUUGGAUUUUUCAGUCAUAUAUCUGUAUAUAAAACGCAUCUUUCAAUGCGGUGGGAGCCUUUCCGUCAAGCUUCCAUAUGAACCCUAAAUAUAAGUUUAAUUUGUACAUAAUGUUUUCACAAUAUCCAAGUUUGAAUGGGAAGAAAGAUUGUGUGUAAACUUUCGGUUUCUUGAA